AUGUUCCGAGCAACAUUUCCAUUUUCCAUCUGCCUUCUUGUCAAAGUUUCCCUUCCCCUCACAAAAUCCCCCCACUUCAAGAGACACCAAUUUCGAACAACGCUUCUAAUCUCAACAGCUUUUCCACCCACCAUGAAGCGAGCAAACGAUCAGAGUAAUGGAGCCUCCAACAAUGGAAACCCCUACCACAGCGUGCGUCGUACCUCUCAGAGACGAUCUCUCGCUCAACGCCCCUCUGCGCCCCCCGUGCUGUCAGCUGUACAUGUACAGGUAGCUGUGAACCCCAGCCAAGCCCGUCUUCGUCUCCUUUCGAACAUUAUCCAGGAAGUUUUGGAACUUAUCGACGAUGAACCAGAUUUUUGA